AUGAACAACACCACGGCGGGCAGUGAUCCUCAACUCCCGGGUUGGUUUCUGUGGGGCUGGCCGGGAUGUGACUUUCCCGUGGAGGAAGGGAAGUCCCCGGGAGCCAUCGGCGCCGUCACCUUCUACACGUGGGCGUUGGUACCACCCGCGUACCUGUGUCUGGGAACUGUUGGGAAUUUUUUAACCGUUUUGGUCAUCUCGCUUGGAUUUAAUAAAAUACGGUCAACGGACGUCAUGUUGUUGGCGCUCGCCGUCAGUGACACAGUUUUUCUCUACUCGACUGCGCUCCGGCGGUGGCUUAUGCACGGCUUUGAAAUAGAUUUAAGAAAACACAGUGACUUUAUGUGUAAAAUGGGAAUCUUCCUAACUUAUGUCAGUUUUCAAUUCUCGUCCUUAAUGCUCGUUUUAUUGACGGGGGAGCGUGUGAUGUGUAUAGUGAAGCCUUAUUCCGCCAAGAGAAUAUGCACGACUAAGACGGCCACAUUUGCUACGAUGGUAAUGUUGAUAUUCCUAGGAGCCCUCAACAGCCACUUCUUAUACGGGUUCGGAACUUCAGUUAUAGAUAUCUAUCAGACGGUCGACAGAUGUGGUGCAGAACAUGAGGACUACUUCGUGUUUUUCGAGUUUUACUACUCGUGGGUCCAUUUCAUCGUCGGUUACACAUUUCCGUGUGUUUGUAUCAUCGCCGGCAACGUCGUUAUAAUCCGAGGCCUCUGGUGCUCCGCCUUUGAACGCAGGUGGAAGGGAAGUGCGACGUCUCAGGGGAGCACGUCCAGUCAGCAUCGGGACACACAAAAACGCAGCCUAACUGUAAUGCUUGUGACGUUAAACGUGAUUUUCUUUGUAACCCAGACACCGGCGUGCGUGUAUAUCGUGUCGUAUGCACAUAUGAUAAAAGAAGCAAACAAAUUUGCCUGUACAGACUUUGCGACUUAUAAGUCUAUGGCGGGUAAUAUACAUUUAAUGGAAGCACUGAUCCAUAAUUUGGCAUAUCUGAAUUCAGCCAUUAAUUUUCUACUUUACGUGGUCAGUGGUACCCGAUUCCGAUCCCACGUGCGGGCGCUGAUCACGUGCAGGCAGAGAAAUCGCGAACCGGUCACCUCGUUGUCAAGGACACUCUCUGUGGUCAAUCACACGCACGAGGCAUUUGUUCUUGAUAGUCAACUGUGA